GGCAGAGAGGCAGCCGCACCCGAGACGCCUGGGGCGCCGGGGGACAGCGCUGGCAGCAGGUAGCCAGGAUGUUUCUGGAGCCCCAGGAAACUAUGCCCCAGACGUCCGUGGUCUUCUCCAGCAUCCUCGGGCCCAGCUGUAGUGGACAGGGGCAGCCCGGCAUGGGGGAGCGAGGCGGUGGGGCCGGCGGCUCUGGGGACCUCAUCUUCCAAGAUGGACGUCUCAUCUCGGGGUCCCUGGAGGCCCUGAUGGAGCACCUGGUCCCCACAGUGGACUAUUACCCUGACACCCCUCGGAGACGCCAGCUCCUGCUCUGGGCGCUCCUCUGCCCUGGGCUAAGAGCUCCCAGAUGUGGCUGCCGGGCGGCUUUCUUCACGUUCAAACCCUUCUGCUUCGAAGGGGUCCUUGAGGGUCUCACGCUGACCAGCUGGGACCCUAGUGUCUGCGUGCUGCACAGCCUGGGGACAGGAAGUGGGCAGUUUGGAGUUGUCAGGACGUACAUCUUCACGUUUCUCCUGAGUUCCCGGGUCUUCAUCCCCCCUCAUGACCUGCUGGCCCGCGUGGGGCAGCUCUGCGUGGAGCAGAGGCAGCAGCUGGAGGCUGGGUCCGAGAAGGCCAAGCUGAAGUCCUUCUCAGCCAAGAUCGUGCAGCUGCUUAAGGAGUGGACGGAGGCCUUCCCCUUUGACUUCCAGGAUGAGAAGGCCAUGGCUGAGUUGAAGGCCAUCACCCAUCGGGUCACCCAGUGUGAUGAGGAAAACGGCACUGUGAAGAAGGCCAUCUCCCAGAUGACGCAGAGCCUGCUGCUGUCCCUGGCUGCCCGGAGCCAGCUUCAGGAGCUGCGGGAGAAGCUCCGCUCACCGGCCAUGGACAAAGGGCCCGUCCUCAAGGCCAAGCCUCCCGCUGCUCAGAAGGACAUCCUGGGCGUGUGCUGUGACCCCCUGGUGCUGGCCCAGCAGCUGACACAUAUCGAGCUGGAGAGAGUCAGCAGCAUCCACCCCGAGGACCUGAUGCAGAUUGUCAGCCACACGGACUCCCGGGACAAGCACAGGUGCCGAGGGGACAUGACCAAGACCUACAGCCUGGAGGCCUAUGACAACUGGUUCAACUGCCUCAGCAUGCUGGUGGCCACCGAGGUGUGCCGGGUGGUGAAGAAGAAGCACCGGACCCGCAUGCUGGAGUUCUUCAUUGACGUGGCCCGAGAGUGCUUCAACAUCGGCAACUUCAACUCCAUGAUGGCCAUCAUCUGUGAGUGUGCGGCCCCCGGGGUCCCCCUCCAGUGCUGCGGGGCCCGCCUCCCCCGGCCCUCACCCUGCCUGUCACUCCCUGCAGCUGGCAUGAACCUCAGUCCUGUGGCGAGGCUGAAGAAAACGUGGUCCAAGGUCAAGACGGCAAAGUUCGACGUCUUAGAGCACCACAUGGACCCGUCCAGCAAUUUCUGCAACUACCGGACAGCCCUGCAGGGGGCCACGCAGAGGUCCCAGACGGCCAACAGCAGCCGGGAGAAGAUUGUCAUCCCCGUGUUCAACCUUUUCGUCAAGGACAUCUACUUCCUGCACAAAAUCCACACCAACCACCUGCCCAACGGACACAUUAACUUCAAGGUUAGCUCAGCCCUGUGCCCGGUCCCUACCCAGGGAGGGUCAUGGCUGCUAAGUGACCUCCGGGUGUGCAGUGGCCCUAGCUCUGGGUGGGUGAACUGGUUACACAGCUCGGCGACACAAGGACCCCGGAGAGUGAGGUCAGGGUGUGUUCUGGUUGGUGGUGCUGUGCUGUGUGUGGGCCCUUCUGGGGUCCGAGCUGGCUCUGUAGGGCUGCUGCCCUGUCUCGCUGGGACCAAGAGGGUGAGCAGCAGGCUGAAAGCAGAGCCUACGUCCUCUUCCCUAACUAAGGUUUUCAAGCUUACAGUGACAAAUCUUCUGACCCUUCAGAAAUUUUGGGAGAUCUCCAGGCAGAUCCAUGAGUUUAUGACAUGGACACAGGUGGAGUGUCCCUUCGAGAAGGAUAAGAAGAUUCAGAGUUACCUGCUGACGGCUCCCAUCUACAGCGAAGAAGCUCUCUUCAUCGCCUCCUUUGAAAGUGAAGGUCCAGAAAACCACAUGGAAAAGGACAGCUGGAAGACCCUCAGGACCACUCUCCUUAACAGAGCCUGAAGGCAUGGAUGCGGCCUGCAGACGCUGGAUGAAGCACACUUAUGUACUGAGUUUUAAUCUUGAUUGAUAUGGGUUGAGAUGAGGAGGCCUCACUGGUUGGGGUCCAUUUUGUACAUAACUUUUAUGAAGAAAAAAAUAAUUAUUUCAUGCAUCAACCUUUGGCACUUAACAAAAGUUCUUUUGUUUACUUUAAAUAACAGGGCAGGGCCCUGCUUUGGGGAGGGGUGGGGAAAGAGUAUCAUGGGAGAUGGUGUCCAUGAUAACAUCUUAUUCUAAUGAAAUGUAGAUUUUUAUUUUCUACUUUUGAUUAUUAACAUCUUACAAAAAAAAUAUUUAAAAAAACCCAACCAAAACCAACGUGAGCCCUGCCUCCUUUCCAGCCAGAUGUCGGGGUUAGUGCCUUAGAGGGUACUGGAGGCCGGUCUCGCCCGCAGCUGGGCCGCUGGAGGCGCCGGGAAAGUGCUGCCCUCAGUGCCCAGGCCUGCGAGGGUCCGGCAGGAAGGGCUCGGGUGGCCGGGGGUGGGGGAGGGGUCUCAUUUGCUUAUUUCUAGAAGUGCACCUUGAACAUGGGCUUUCCAAAGUUUACAUUUUCAUUUUCCUUUAUCAGGGAUUUAUCGGGGUCAGUGGGGAGGGAAGGGGGAUACCUGGCAGCGUAUUUUCUGUUGGAAUAUGUCUGGAAAAUCACUCAACUACAUUUUAGGAAAAGAGAAAAUCUCAAAUAACGUGAGGAGGGGAAUCAUGGAAUUGUCAGUUUUCCAGGCUGUCACUCUGACAUGCUUAGCCGUAAUGAAGUGAAAACACAGCACAGUAAAGGAAGGGGACACUGAAAGCCACCCUGAAGUCCAAGUACAAAGUGAAAAGAAGCAACUUACAAAUCAGUACCCUCCUUCCCUCUGGGCUGGGGGGCACCCCUAGUGGAACUGAAACCCAAAGGUAGCCAGGCCCGUAUCUGCCGGAGCCCAUGCACAUACGCCUGCCCGACAUUUGGAGUUGUUUCCACACCAGGACUCGAGGCGUGCGCUCCAUUUUCUGUCUGACUUCCUGGCCGUGGGACCACGACAGCCCUGCUCCCUCCAAGGCCAGAAGUGGGCAGUCCACGCUGACUGUCUCCCUCUUGGCGGGCUUUCAUUCCACCCAAGCAGACCUCGAACUACUCACCCUCUCUCCCCCCCGCAUGGCUGGCGUCAGAGCCUCCAGCUGGGAGGCCUGGGUGAGGAUGGAUCUGUUUUGCCAAUUCCCAGAACUCCUGGGAGAGCCUGGAGAUGUGACACCGCUGCCUCAGGGGGAGGUGGCUUUGUGAUCUGCUGCUGAUGCUGCCCUCAGCCCCGGGUGGAGCGAGGAUAUUCACACUGUAUUGUCACAGUGUUUUUGCACUUUUCAGAUGUUCUCGAUAGUACAUACUGUAUACUGAUAGUACAUACUGCUUUAUGUAUUUGAGAUAAAGGUUUAAAACUUGAGAGUCUAUAUUUGGAAUACAAUGUUAGAACCUUUUUUGUCCACGUGUUAAGGAGCUUCCACAUCCGUGUGCACUUCACUGGGUUAUCAGCUCUAGUGCCGACCUGCCACAGUGUCUACAUUUGCUAUUUUGUUUUUCCAAUUUGAUACAUACCCUAACUCUGAUGUUUUGGUAUUUCGAGAUGAACUCUGAGUAUCAAGCUGUACCAUAAUGCAGGAUGUCAGCUACUGGUGUGACUGGACGUACUUGCAUCAAUAAAACAACAUGUUGCUCCCCU